GAGAGGGAGAGAGAGAGGGAGAGAGAGCUGCGAGGAAUGUGCUACUAAUGAGAAAACGGAGCGUCGCUGAACGGGCGGCACAAGACAGAAGAAGGAGGAAAACGAAGAGAAUGCUGUGAAGCAGGAAAGAAGAGAGAGGGAGAGGUGGAGAGAAAAGAGGCACACGCAUGGAAAGGAUUAUAGUGAAGCGUGCGGGGGUUUUCGACGCUACCCAUGCGGAGAUUUGAGCUAACGGCUGAACCAUGCAGGGCUCGCUGCUUCUCCUGAGUUUGGCGCUGAGUUUUCACGCAGUGUGGAUGGCACGGUUCUCUCAGGAGCCAGCAGACCAGUCAGUGGUUCUUGGCCAGAGAGUGGUCCUGUCCUGUGUGGUCUUCAACUACUCGGGCAUCGUGCAGUGGACCAAGGAUGGGUUGGCCUUAGGCAUUGGGGAAGACCUCCGGGCCUGGCCACGGUACCGUGUGUUACGGCUAGUUGACGUUGGGCAGUACAACUUGGAGAUUUCCUCUGCUGAACUGUCAGAUGACUCUCUGUAUGAGUGUCAAGCUACAGAGGCUGCUCUUCGCUCCCGCAGAGCCAAACUCACCGUCCUUAUUCCUCCUGAUGAGCCGGUGAUUGAGGGCUCCCCGGAGCUCCUCCUCACGGCAGGGGUUCCCCACAACCUCAGCUGCGUGUCCCGCGGAGCCAAGCCCCCUGCUGCUAUUGAAUGGCAAAAAGACGGGCUGCCCAUAGAGGGAGCAUUCAGCACAACAGAAGUGCUCCCGGACAGGAAGCGUGUGACCACGAGGAGCUUCCUGCCCGUCCUUCCAGUGGACACAGACACAGGGAAAAACUUCACCUGCGUGGCCACCAACCCAGCAGUGCCCAUGGGCAAACGCACCACCAUCACACUCAAUGUUCACCACCCUCCUGUGGUGGUGUUAUCCAUUGAGCCACGCUCUGUGCUGGAAGGAGAGAGAGUGACCUUCACCUGCCAAGCCACUGCCAACCCUCCGAUUAUGGGCUAUAAAUGGGCUAAGGGUGGUGUGGUCAUCCAGGGUGCAAGAGAGAGUGUGUUUAUCACUAAGGCUGACCACUCUUUCUUCACGGAGCCAGUCUCCUGCCAAGUGUUCAAUGCCGUUGGGAGCACUAACGUCAGCAUACUCGUGGAUGUUCACUUUGGUCCUAUCCUGGUGGUAGAGCCAAAGCCAGUGACUGUGGACAUUGACUCUGAUGUCACUUUGAACUGCAAGUGGGCUGGGAAUCCCCCUCUCACCCUCACGUGGACUAAAAAGGGCUCCAGCAUGGUCCUGAGUAAUAAUAACCAGCUGUAUUUGAAGUCGGUGAGCCAGGCCGAUGCUGGCCAGUACGUGUGUAAAGCCAUAGUGCCCAGGAUCGGUGUGGGAGAAACAGAGGUCACUCUCACUGUCAAUGGUCCCCCCAUCAUCUCCAGUGAGCCAGUGCAGUAUGCAGUCAGAGGCGAGAGAGGGGAGGUGAAGUGUUACAUCGCCAGCACUCCUCCACCAGACAAGAUUGUAUGGGCAUGGAAGGAGAAUGUGUGGGAGAAGGAGAAAGGAACUCUACCAGAGCGAUACACAGUGGAGCAGAGUAAGCCUUCAUCUGAUGGAGGAGCCGUGCUGUCCACACUGACCAUCAACAACGUCAUGGAGUCUGACUUCCAGUCCACUUACAACUGCACUGCGUGGAACUUUUUCGGCCCAGGAACAAUGAUCAUCACUCUGGAGGAGACUGAAAUAGUCCCAGUUGGUAUCAUUGCUGGUGGCACUGUAGGCUGUUCCAUUCUGCUAUUGCUCUGCCUGUUGGCAUUAGUGCUUUUCCUGUAUCGUCAACGGAAAGGAAGUCGCCGUGGGGUCACACUCGGUAAGCCAGACAUCAAGGUGGAGACAAUAAAUAAAGAGACCCACAGCUUAGAGGAAGACACUGGCAGCGUCUCCACGGCAACCCGCAUGGUCAAGGCCAUGUACUCUUUUUUGCCCUCUGUGACCCUCUCUCCCUCCUCCCAGCCCUUUAAAGAUGACGAUCUCAAGCAGGAGCUGCGCAGUGACACUCUGGACACACGCCAGGACUAUGAGCUCAAGGACCCAACAAAUGGCUAUUACAAUGUGCGAGCCUCCACCCACGACGAAGGCCGCCCUGCCUCGCGUUCCAUGCACUAUUCUGAGUAUCGUUCCUCCAACCAGCCAGGGGGCGCUGCAGCAGUCAGUGCUAGCUCGGGCGCUCCUGGAGCUACGGCAGGUCCCGGAACUCCCAGCAGUUUGGCGCCUGGGUCGCGAGCCGGCUGCUAUGACCCCCGACCUCCGUCCAGACUCUCACACAACAGCUAUGCCCAGUUCAACACCUUCAGCCGGCCCGGCCAGUCACAGCAGCCUCCACCCAGCUCCGGCCCGCAAACAGGCGAUUUCCCGCCUGACUGCAGCCUGCUGGACUCAACCCCUCAGUUGGCGUAUGACAACUACAGCUACCACUCACACUAUUCUACAUAUCGCAUGGGCUUUGCUCCCCCCAGCCUGGCUCCUUUAGAAGGUGGUCCGGCGUACGAAAUGUACAGCGUGGGGCCGAGUGUAGGAGCUGGAGGCACUACUGGAACGACAGAGACUGGACUAGGAAAGUACGGCAGUUCCACACGUUUUUCCUACACCUCCCAGCAUUCCGAUUACUCCCACCGACACACACAGAGGAUGCAGACGCACGUGUGAGCCACAAGCUCUAGUGUACUCAUCACUUCUGUCUACAUCCAUUUAGCAACAUGCACAUACACUUAAAUAGGAGGAGGUUCUAAUCGAAGGGAAGAAUGAUGAAGAAAAAGAACCAGUUCAGAAAGAACAGAGGCCAAGAGAUGAGAGAGUAGGUGGAGAUGACAAGAGGGGGAAUUCUCUUUCUGUCUUUUCGGUGGUUGUUUCUCAGCUCAAGGAGCUGACAGCGAAAGUCACAAUCUGAAUUAAAACAGUGAAGCAUCAGUGAAAGAUCUAAAAAUCUUUGUGAUGCUGAGAAUGGCUCAGUCUGAAUUAGCAGAGCCGCAGAAUGUAUCUUGAGCAAUGAAGGAGGCCUCUGUGUUUGUCAAUGAGACAAAAAAUACAUAGGUGGGGUGGUCAUGGAAGACUUUUUUGUAUGGCUUUUUGGUGAAUGGCUUCUUCAACUCGUCUCCGCACCUUUACGCCGCUAACCUGAAAGAAGAAAUGGUCAGAAAGCAAUAUGGCAGCGGUCGCACCUUGUUCAGUGAUAAUUCCUAAAGCAUUCUAGAGGGAGUUGGUAUGUUUCCUUCAUAAAGGGGGGGGGGUUCCACUGAUUUGUCUGCAUAAUUCAGUCAUUCAGUUGUAAACAAAGCCAUUCCAAGUGGUUUGAUAUGAAAUGCUGCUUUGUAGAGAAAUUUAGCAGCUCAAAUUUCUUUACAGUGGUGGUGAUGAAAACCAGAGUGCAGUCUCUCAUAUAGUCAUUUUAUUUACCAUCCUAAACAACCAGAGAAACAUGUCGUUUAUAUAUAAAAUUGGUCAUGAUAAAAUUGUGGUACAUCUGAAAAAAUGGAUUAUAGUCCAAAAAUUGUUCAAAAAUAUGAAAAAAAAUUAUAUAAUAGCUUUCUGUAAUGUAGGCAUUCAAACAUCUGGUUGCUAUCAUGAAGGUUGUGAAAAAUCCUCUGUAAGGUUUUUAGAAUAGUACAUUUCACAUCAAACUACAUUGAAUGACUUAGUUUACAAGUUAAUAAUUGAAUUAUGCAGAUUUUAAAAAAUGUUGGAAUUCCUCUUUAAAUUCUUCACAUCCAGCAAACAAAGAGCACAACGCUAUCGAGACAGACUUGGUUACCAAAGCAUGUGUUAUUAUUUGGAAACCAGGUGAAGAAUUUUUUUAACUGCUUUACCUGUUAAUUAAUAUCUAACCAGCUGUCUAGCUUGCUAAGCUACCUCAUUCAGUAGGCUAUUAGCCUUAUUGUUCAGCGGCUAAUGUAGACACAAUCAUAUGCGGUACAGUUACCUUGUAUUAUUGUAUAGCUCAGUUGUCUCUGGCAGGAUGGUGUGUAUUUUCCAUGAAUCAAGUUACAGUCUGGAUGGACUAAUUAGAGCACUUUUUUCCAUUUCUAACAAAAAAGAGCAACUUAGUAUCCGGCAGUUAAGGAGACCAGUUCAGGAAGCCAUCAGACGUGGCCACUAACAGCCAUUUUUCUCUCUUUUUUUUAUUGCUAUGGAACAUACCAUUGGGUCGGAACCUCAAUUGGUGGAGUAUACAGUAUAACAGGAUGGGGGGGCAUAAUAGUAGACCAUAUAUAUUUUUUCAUAGUGUUUUUACAUGGUGAUUGGUUAAUCUUAGAGCACAUAUAGUAUAUUUGCAUAUAUAUAUGUCUGAAUUCCCCACUCUUUCCAUGGUGCUUUUGUAGUGGGGUCAUUGUUUGCACUGCAUUCCAGUAUUCUGUCAUAGAUUACUCUUAUAAUCUACCUGUAAUCUCUCAUUUGCACACUUAGGCUAGUGUUUUGAAUAUUCCCAAAAUACAGAAUUAUUUUUUUUCCUCAUAUUUCUGUAAGGAAUUGUGGACCAAAGGUUCAUUGUUAGAGUAUCAGUCUUUAUUUGGGUGAUAUUCACCUCAACAAACAAGGAAAUAUGCAGAUUUGUUUGUUUUUGUUGACUCUGGACUCAGUAAUGAGGAGAGUGGCGAAAAGGUCUCUUGAAGGGUAGAGGAUUGUAAAGGUCUUAAACCUUAUGAUCCAGCCUUAGGUACACAUACUGAUCUAAGAUCAGGCUGCUAUGCCAUCACGUUAGUACACACGAGAUCAUCAAGAACAAAUGCGAACUGAGAUUCAGUGAGUUCUUGGAUGGAGUCUUUGGACUGGUUGCUGGUUCCUGGGCUCAUGGCCCAGAGGAUGGAGUGUUCAUAGUCAUAUAUAUAUAUAUAUAUAUAUAUAUAUAUAUAUAUAUAUAUAUAUAUAUACCUAAUAGAUUGGAGACUCUUCUGCACGUUAUCACAAAGACACACUUGCUAUAUGUGCCACAGACACCUACGUUGGUGGAAGCAUUUUUGACAAAUAAGAAAAUAAACAGAAAUUUGGAUUCAAAAUGCUUCUGACAGACAUUGAAGGAAACUAUUUUGAUCUUGAUGGUGGUGGUGAAGAUGAAGACAAUCCAUCUCGAAUGGUUCUGCAUCAAGGAGCAAUGAGGUACUGUCUACCGCUAGUUUUUCGUCUUUGUCUGAGUUUCAAUACCUUUGAAGUGAAGGAGUCUUGUAAAUACUUUCCCAUGUGUAACUCCUAUUUCAAGUAUUAUUUUACAUCAUCCAAUGUGAUGCACUCUUAAAAUGCAGUAUUGCUACAUUUCAAUGGCGCGAGGGAAAAAAUUAGCAGAAGGACUGUGUGUUGGCAACAGAAUUUUAUGACCUGAGGAUAAUGAACUGCGUUCAACUUGGCUGGAGUCCAGCCUGGUGCCAAAGAGCAUUGAGAAGAACAAGAUGCUCAUCAUUAUCAGAAAACACCUUUAUACCUGCCUGAGCUGCCAAUCAGUUGGUCUUAAUGGUACAUUCGGUUACUUUGAGUGAUUGACAGAAGGAGACGCGUCCAGGAGACGUGACCUUAUCUACUGGAUGGGACAUGCACUUCCGCCCAACAUCCUCCUCGAAGGACUGAAGCUCCAUCAAGAGGAAACGAGGGAAAUAUGAAGGUGUAUGUUGGUUAAAAAACAGAGUGGCCUUAGGAAAAACAUGACUUUUAUAAUCCCUCACUUUAUAAGCCAGUUUGAGGCCAGAGGUGUACGUUGACAGUUUCAGUGAUGGUAUGAGAAGUGUGUAUGCGUGUGUGUGCGCGAGUGUGUGUGUCUCUCUUUGUGUAUGAAUAUCUUUAUGUAAUCAUUUAACUUCCCUCGAGUUCCUGCUCCAAUACUUUUAUUCUCCUGGUAGGACUGUAUCCUGUAUAAUUGUGUCUUAGAAAACAAGCGUUGACCUUACUGUACUGUUCUUCGUAGCUGAAAACGUUCCACAAAUGUACAACAGAAGUUAUUGAAAAAUUUUCAUUUUUUUAUUUCAUUUUCAUUUUUUUCAAUAUUUUUAAAAAAAUGUUAUGUAAUUAUUUUUUCACAGUAUAUCAGAAAUAAAAGCACUGUUUUUAUAA